UCUCAUUUGAUUUGAGGGCACAGCAGCUAAAGUUAUGGACAAUUCAACCCAGCCACCAGUGCAGGAGAUGACAGAGGCGUACUACAACUACGAUGAUUUUGAAACUGACUUUUCUAUAGCCCAGCCUUGCAGACCCAUUGUAGUUGAGAAGUUUGUUCGCAUCUUUGUGCCUAUCCUGUACUCCCUCGUCCUUCUCUUGGGUGCUCUCGGUAACAUGCUGGUGAUUCUCAUCCUUGGCCGCUACAAGAGAGCUCGGAGAACUAUCACAGACACCUUCAUCCUUCAUUUGGCCAUAGCGGAUGUGCUCCUGGCCUUCACCCUCCCCUUCUGGGCGGUGGAGGCGGUGAGGGGCUGGGUCUUUGGCACUGUCAUGUGCAAGCUAAUUGGCACCAUCUUUGCCCUCAACCUGUACAGCAGCAUCCUCUUCCUGGUGUGCAUCAGCUUCGACCGCUACCUGGCCAUUGUCCAUGCCAUCCACAUGUACAGGAAGCGCAAGCCCAUUUACAUCCACGUCACCUGCCUCAUCGUCUGGGCCUUGUGUCUCCUUCUGGCGAUGAUUGAUCUAAUUUUCCGUGAGGAGUACCGCUCUACCUACCUUAACUCGACAGUUUGCAUCUACAUGUUUCAUCCAGAUAGUGCCGGUGCCUGGAAACUGGCCAUCCGUGUUGCCCACCACACUAUUGGCUUCUUCGUCCCCAUGGUGGCCAUGUUGUAUUGCUACUGCAUGAUCUUCAAGACGCUGUGCCAUGCCCAGAUGUUUGAGAGGCAGAAGACCCUGAAGGUUGUCAUCGUCAUCGUGGUGGUCUUCAUCAUCUGCUGGCUGCCGUACAACACCGUGCUCUUUGUCGACACCCUCCAGUCGCUGGGCACCAUUGGCACCUCCUGCACCAUGUUCAACACACUGGACAUCAGCCGCACCAUCACCCAGACCCUCGGGCUCAUCCACUCCUGCUUAAACCCACUCCUCUAUGCCUUUAUCGGGGUCAGGUUCCGGCAUGAGAUGGUGAGGGUCUUGGUGGGCAUCGGCUGCUUGAAGAAGAAGCUGGUGGUGAGUCGCCACGCUGGGAAAAGCAAGCGGGCAUCCUCCGCCAUAUCAGACUCAGAAACCUCAACCUCUCACUCAACAAUAUGGUAGAGAGUGUCCAAGAUCCAGCCAACCAUUGACUUUCCAACCAAAGACUUCGGAGACCGGAGAGAUACAGAACUUGUACUUAUCUUCAUGCAGAGCUCCCACCAAGUGAUUUACAAUGACUCUCAGUAAGCGUUACCAUCUGACAAACCACUUACCCGCAGAAGCAAUGAAUUGACUUACCAGUUAAACCUGCUUUUCCUUUGUCAUUUUUUUGCCUUUAUUCUUUUCAUGGGAGGUGGGGCGCUGCUGGCAAGGCCAACAUUUGUUGCCCGUCCCUAAUUGCCCUUGAACUGAGUGGCCCGCUCAGCCAUUUCGGAGGGGCAGCCAAAAGUCAACCGCGUUUACUGUGGACCCGGAAUCAUGUGUAGGCCAGACCGGGUGAGGAUGGCAGAUUUCCCUCCCCAAAGGGCAUUAGUGAACCAGAUGGGGUUCCCCCACCACACCCCCCACCCCCCCCCAACCAAUUGACGAUAGUUCCAUCACUGAGACUAGCAUCCAAUUCCAGAUUUUAUUAACUGAAUUUAAAUGACACCAGCCGUUCAGGCUCUGAACCCAGGCCCCCCACAGCUUAGGCGUCGGUCUCUGAAUUACUGUUCGACAUUACCGUUAACCUGGCGUCUCCACUUGGUGAUGUUGGUUGAAGAGGGGAUGUUUUGGAAGACGCCUCAACUUUUUUUGGAGCUGCAGGAAUUUCAUUCGCCCCCGCCGCCCCCCCACAAUGAGGUUCAACCUCCAUCGUGCUCAAAUUUCUAUACUGUUCUCACACACCCCACCCCACCCCAUGCCAUCCUGUCUCUCCCCCCCCUCCCCGACCCUCCCAUCUGGCCCACCCUCCUUUCCUAAAGUACUUACAUUCCCUGGUGGAUAAUCCAUGGGCUAAUUGCCCCCAUUCCUCAUGUGUGACCCCCCCACCAUGGGCUAUUUGGUCAUGAAGGCUCUCAUAUUCUGUCCUCCCCCCCUCUGCCCAAACCCCAGACAAGCAAAGGAGAGGGAGAUGAGGAGAAUUUUCUUUUUACACAGCGAGUUGCUGUGAUCUGGAAGGCACUGCCUGAAAGGUGGAAA